UGAACGGACGAAGUGAAGUGUUCUACAACGUCUCGAGCUCUUCGUGCAAGCAAGUAUUCAAUACUAAAAUGCGAGGAAAACAUUUUCUCACAUUUCUCUGCUUCCUUGUUUUUGUCAACUGGACGCAUGCCUCUGGGGAGUCCAUUUCUUUUUUCGCAUACGAGGGUAAUGUCGCUGUGAAAUGUAGUAAGUAUCUACCGGUAGAUCAUCGUCAAAACUUUACUAUCACUCACGCACGGAUUCUUCAAGUUGAAAAGGCAGGAGACAAGGAUUUCAAGAUUGUUGGAAACAUUUUGUGUAAUUUUGACAAAAGGGACACAAAGCAUAGAUAUAUAGACUUCCAACUAAAAUGCGACGUCUCAAACAAGAAAAGAAACAUCGAUCUCAAUGACGAAUUGACAUUCGUGACUGUUUCAGUUGCUCCAACGAAGCACAUGAUGUCCUCUCAAAUUGAAUAUCGUUAUCAAGAAAGAGUGAUGCAAAUGUUCAAAAACGGCUUUACGGAUCCAACCAAAAUUGCUGAACAAAGUUUCACCCACGACAAUAAUCUUCUGAUAGGCGUGAUAAAAUACAAUGACGGAAAGGAAUAUAAGCAUAGAAUGGAUAACUGCUUUGAUGCAUACCCGGAUAGCAUUAUUUCUAAUCAUGGCAUAUACGUUGCUACCAUUAACAACAAACCCGAUACUAUCAAAUGGACUCGAAUGUACUUUGAUCCAAAUGGCGUUGGUGAACAUAUCAUUUUGGAAUAGCAUGAACUUGUGAAUUUAUUGAAUGAAAAUAGUUUUGAUG